AAUAAAAUAAUUUUUGAGAUAGAUAGGAAAAUGUUUAAAAUCUACUCACUCGUAUUUAUAACUACCAUUGUCACCAUAGCUCAGCUCAUUUUUGAUAACCGAAGUCGGGGUAGUAGUGGAUGGGAUGUUUGCAGGGGGAGUCCAUGUGCUCGAUGGGUAGUAAUUCUGAGGUGGAACGUAAUUAUUCUGAGGGGGCACGUAGUUGUUCGACGGCGGCACAUAGUUGUUCGACGGUGGCACAUAGUUGUUCGUUGGGGGCACAUAAUUAUUUGAGGGGGGUACAUAGUUGUUUGUUGGCGGCACAUAGUUGUUUGAUGGUGGCACAUAAUUAUUUGAUGGUGGCACAUAGUUACUCGAAGGAGGUGCAUAAUAUUUGUAUUGAGCAGAAUUUUUGUUUGUAUCAGGAGUUAAUGUGUUCUGGGGGAAAUAGUUCCUUUGGGAAUUGAAAGAGUUAACAUCCUGAAGGUAGUUGUAAGCACUGGCUGCUGUUUCUAAUGACUCCUUAGGCGUUCGGAGCAGCUCUAUCGUCGCUGCCGCUUCGGUAUCAUCUAUUUCACGCUCUUCUAUGUUUUCGGCAAACGCGAUUACCGCAAGUGAAACGAUAAUAAAUAACUGAAAAAAGACAUAUCCGUUUUAACUUUUAAUUGGCAACAAGUUAUAAGAUUAUAUUAUUUGUAUUUUAUAUAAAAUAAAAAGAACUAGUUAAUUAAUCCAAGCCGUCGUUAGUUAGAACUGCUAAAGAAUUAUUUAAAAUUAUUUAUUUUUAGAUACACCGCUUAAUAGUUAUCAGUGAAACCUGAGUUUGAACACUUGUUUAUUUUAUCAAACGGUAUUGGCGACUUUUUAGUAGUUUAAAAAAAAAAAGAAAAUUUAUGAAAUUAAUUUCCAUUGUAACGAGAUUUUCACACGCGUUUUCGUCACGUUAUUUUUUUGAAUUCACUGACACUAGAAGUUUUUAAGGACUCACCAGCUUCAUGUUUUAUGUCCUACGACCUCGACUGCGUAUUAGACACUGUGGCCAUUCGGGGGUCUCAAAAGGUUUUAUAGGAAGUCGUCCUGCGCUCGCGCCAUCCUGCGGUACGUUUAGUUACAAUGACCUCCGGUGAUGCGUCAGAUCAUGCGGCUAUUCUACGCUGUUAACCUUGCACUUGUUUAGGUUAAUUUGAAACGGAUAAACGGUUACGAAAUUUACAUAUUGUUUUUUUUUCAUAAUUUAAAUCUAU